CCAGAAAAAGCUUUGAUCGCCUUAUGCUGGAGGUCCAAAUGCCCUCGGAAUAUGGGGCUCGGUACCCAUCAGAGGGUGAUACUGGUGCCGACGCUCCGGCCGGUUAUGUGACCAUGUGGUCCGAUUUCUUCGGAGAUUGUAACCUCCGAUUACCGUUGACGGUGUUUGUUGUGGAUAUCUUGGAGUGGUACAAGGUCCACAUUUCUCAAGUGAGUCCGUUUGGGAUGAUUCGGAUUCGUAAUUUUGAGUUUACCUUCCGUGCUCUUGGCAUAGAGCCUACCGUUGGAGACUUCCGACGGUUUUAUCAGAUGACAGUGUCCAUGGGGUUCUUUUCUUUCCGUCUACGAGACGGUACCCCAAAGCUGAUGACUCCCCCUAAGGGGAUGACGAUGUGGAAGAAGAAGUUCUUCUACAUCAAGUCUGCUGCCCUUGCUGUGAAUAUGACGUUUCGGAAUGUGACCGAGACGAUCAUAGCAGAGACCAUUGCGAUGCCCAGUUUGAAAUCAGUGCAAUGGUUCCCGCAACUGCAGACUAUUGAGUCUGUGAAGUUGACCAACACGCAACUAUGGCUGUUGCGUAUGAUGUUGAGGAGGGGCAAGAACUCGAAACCCGUGGUGCGGGAAAAGAGCGGUGAAGAUGCCCCCGCAUGGAGGAUGUUUGCUCCGGAUUUCGAGGGUACGGUUGAGACCGUAGUUUGUGCGGAUGGUGAACAGGAUCACAACACUAUCAUCCGUAGUAACUUCCGGGUGCCUACUGCGGUUGCACUGGCAGUUGAGUUGCCAAAGCAGGCAGAAGAGGUGGCUGCGGGAGGGACGGCUGCGGGUCCCCCUGUGAUUGGUGAGAAGAGGAGGCCAGAGCAGAAAGCUGCUGGUGGUGUUGAAACCAAACGUCGGAGGCUAGUAACCAAAAGGUCUGCUCCGGCGCAGAAGAAACCUGCGGUUGUCGUUGAGCGUCAAGAUGAAGAUUUUUCUAUCUUCGAUGCUCCGGAGUCCCCUCUGCGUGCCAUGGAUGCGGGUGGAGCGGAGGUGCCAUCGACACCUCCCGUCAAGGUGGUACCUGAGUCAACCGUGCAGAAGGAGGGUACCGCAGAGAAUGCUGCGGCCCAGAUAUUUGAUACUGUCGACUCGUCCAACAACCUGAUCUCUCCCAAUGAGGGAGACGAUUUGAGUUUGCGGUUCACUGCUACCGGGAAGCAACAUUCUGAUGCUGAACCGCAAAAAACUAGCGAUGAAGCGCGGCAGCAUGAUGCUGGGCCGCAGAAGUCUGCGGUUGAUAAGGGUACCAGUUCGUCGGCCGAUGGUGCGGGGGGGAUGAUAUUGCUAACGACCCUGCGGCCUGCAGGGAGAUCCUGGGCGGUCUUGGGACCCCCUUUGAAGUUGAGCGGGCUCGUGCCGCACCGCGGGAGCUGCGUAUAA